AGCCUUUGGGGUGGCCUCUAUCUUUCAGCCCCAGGGGGUGUCCUCAAGGGCAGCAGUUGACAGCGUGGUAGACCAAAUGACCUGUGAGCUUCCUUCCCCCCUGAAGCAGUGUGACUGUGUCCCAGCCCCUACAGGGAGGAAGUGAGGUUAAGCCAGUGGCUGUGCUCACCAGUCCCGGCCGGUGGGUGCAAGGGGGCUGUGGGAGGCAUCCCCGGGCCUUUCUGAGGCCUUGGCUCCUACAGGUCGUUAGACACUCACAGAGGGUGAGGAAAGACUCAUUUCCCCCUUCUCUCUUCUGCAUGCCUUGCUUCUUUCUCUCUUCUCUGCUCCUCUGACACCUGUCAGAGAGUCCUGAGUCUGCUUCUGCCUUGAGGUGCAUGCGAACAGAAGCAGAGGCCUCCUGUUCCCUUCACACACCCUCUUGUUUGUUGAGUGUUGGCGCAAAGGUCUCUCUUGGCUGUUCAUUGGGCUCUACCAGGAAGAACAUCAGAUAGGGGCCUGCAGUUGUGUUUCUCAUUAGCUGGAGGGUGACUUAAGAGAAAAGCAAACAGCUUUUGAGUGCUCACUAGAGCUAGGCCCUGGGCUGAGUCCUGUGUGGGCAUUGUCACAGGUGUAUGCCUCCCAACAGCCCUGUAAGAGAAACAGCAUCGUCCCCACUUUAUGGAGAAGGAAGCCAAGACACGAAGUGGUUAAGCCACUUGUCUAAGGGACAUGGCGCUGUGACCCUAACUCGGGAGCCUGCUCAGGUGACUGGGGCGCACACACUGCCUCCCACUGCAGCCAGAGGCUACGCCACUUCCUUGGCACUCCAGGGCUGAUGUCUGCAAGGUGAACAGUUGUCCAGUUUCCUGGGCCCUGUUUGGUGGUACUGGAAGAAGUUUGCGUUGACUUUGCAGCCUUCUUCUGCGUCUGGAAGAUCAGAGGGGGGUCUCUAAAGGCUGGUGCCCCCGACCCUGUGGUCAGGGAAGCCCUACGGGAAAUGAGUGGCGGGGCCGAGGCAGCUUGAGAGGUGGCCAGGCUGCGGCUGCCUUUGCCAGAGCCAGCUCCCACUGAGGACCCCUCCAAGGACUCCUCCACAGUCCAUCCUUCCACAGGCGUCUGGGAGGACAGGCGCGAUGACCGACUCCCCGUUCCUGGAGCUGUGGCCGUCCAAGGAGGUGUCCGUCCGUGAGCGGCUGGGCAUCGGCGACCAGCCCAAUGACUCCUACUGCUACAACUCGGCCAAAAAUGGCACUGUGCUCCAGGGGGUCAACUUCGGUGGCAUCCCCACCGUCCUGCUGAUAGACUUCUGCUGCUUCCUGUUUUUAAUAUUGGUGUUUUCCAUCAUAAGAAGAAGAUUCUGGGAUUAUGGCCGUAUUGCCUUGGUGUCAGAAGCAGACAGUGGGUCCAGAUUCCAGAGAUUAUCGUCGUCUUCCUCCUCAGGGCAACACGACUUUGAAAGCGAGCUGGGAUGCUGCCCCUGGCUGACGGCGAUCUUCGGUCUGAGCGAUGACCAGAUCCGGGAGCGGUGUGGGGAGGACGCCGUCCACUACCUGUCCUUCCAGAAACACAUCAUCUUCCUGCUGGUGGUGGUCAGCUUCUUGUCUCUGUGUGUCAUCCUGCCCGUCAACCUCUCGGGAGACUUGCUGGACAAAAACCCUUACAGUUUUGGGAGGACGACAAUAGCAAACCUACAGACUGGCAACAACCUCCUUUGGCUGCACUCCGUUUUUGCCGUCAUUUACCUCUUCCUCACCGUGGGCUUCAUGCGGCACCACACCCGGUCCAUCAGGUGCUCAGAGGAGAACCUGGUGAGGCGGACGCUGUUCAUCACAGGACUCCCCAGAGAUGCCAGGAAGGAGACCAUGGAGAACCACUUCCGGGACGCGUACCCCACGUGUGAAGUGGUGGAGGUCCAGCUCUGCUACGACGUGGCCAGGCUGAUGGACCUGUGCCAGGAGAGAAAAACGACCGAGAAGAGCCUGACCUAUUACACAAACCUGCAGAUGAAGACAGGCCAGAGGACCCUCAUCAACACCAAGCCCUGCGGCCAGUUCUGCUGCUGCGAAGUGCCCGGGUGUGAGCGGGAGGACGCCAUCUCUUACUACAGGGGCAUGAAGGACCGGCUGAUGGAGAAGAUCACAGAGGAGGAAUCCAGGGUCCGGGACCAGCCCCUGGGAAUGGCCUUUGUCACCUUCCAGGAGAAGUCCAUGGCCACCUACAUCCUGAAAGACUUCAACGCCUGCAAGUGUCAGGGCCUUUGGUGCAAAGGUGAGCCCCAGCCGUCCUCCCAAAGCAGAGAGCUCUGCCCCUCCAAGUGGACGGUCACCUUCGCUUCUUACCCCGAGGACAUCUGCUGGAAGAACCUCUCUGUCCAGGGCCUCCGCUGGUGGUUCCAGUGGCUGGGCAUCAACUUCACUCUCUUCGUGGUGCUGUUUUUUCUGACCACACCCUCCAUCAUCCUGUCCACCAUGGACAAGUUCAAUGUCACCAAACCCAUCCGUGCGCUGAAUGACCCAAUCAUCAGCCAGUUCUUCCCAACCCUCCUCCUGUGGUCCUUCUCAGCCCUGCUCCCCACCAUCGUCUACUACUCUACGCUGCUGGAGUCUCACUGGACCACGUCAGGGGAAAACCGGAUCAUGAUGACCAAGGUCUACAUAUUCUUGAUCUUCAUGGUGCUAAUUCUGCCCUCUCUCGGCCUCACCAGUCUGGAUUUCUUCUUCCGGUGGCUCUUUGACAAGACUUUCUUGGAGGCCUCUGUCAGGUUGGAGUGCGUCUUCCUGCCCGACCAAGGCGCCUUCUUUGUGAACUACAUCAUCGCCUCGGCCUUCAUCGGCAACGGCAUGGAGCUGUUGCGGCUGCCCGGCCUCAUCCUCUACACCUUCCGCAUGCUCAUGGCCAAGACGGCCGGCGACCGCAGGAACGUCAAGCAGAACCAGGCCUCCCAGUCUGAGUUUGGAGCCAUGUACGCGUGGAUGCUGUGCGUCUUCACCGUCGUCAUGGCCUACAGCAUCACCUGCCCCCUCACCACGCCAUUCGGCCUCGUCUACAUCCUGCUCAAGCACAUGGUGGACCGGCACAACCUCUACUUCGUUUACCUCCCGGCCAAGCUGGAGAAGAGGAUCCACUUCGCGGCUGUGAGCCAGGCUUUGGCUGCUCCCAUCCUGUGCCUCUUCUGGCUCUACUUCUUCUCCUUCCUGCGCCUGGGUCCGAUGGCCCCUCCCACCCUGUUCACCCUUCUGGUUGUGCUGCUCACCAUCCUGGUCGGCCUGGCCUACACCUGCUUCGGAUGCUUUAAGCACCUCAUCCCUCUGAACUACAAGACAGAAGAAUUGGCAAGUAACACAGGAAGCAAGGCAGAGGCCCACGUGCCUCCGCCCUUCACACCCUACGUGCCCCGGAUUCUGAACAGCUUGGCCUCUGAGAAAACAGCCCUGUCCCCGCAGCAGCAGCAGACCUAUGGCGCCAUCCACAACAUCAGUGGAACCGUCCCGGGGCAGGGCCUGGCCCAGGGUCCUGGGGAUGGUGUGGCCCCUGCCUACCAGGAGGCCUGAGGGCCUGUGAGCUGCCAGGCUCUGGGAGCCGGGAGGUGAGGGGACACUGGUGGAGAAGCAGCGUGACUCUGACCCCAACCCGGACUUCUUUCCACCUGUCUUCAGCCCCACUGCUCUAAAUAGAUGGGACCGGGAAGGGGCUCAGGCCCUGGGCUGACGGGAGGGCGGGACUGCCAUCGGGUGGUGGUGUUUUCUGGUCACAGCUGCCGAGCCGGGAGCCCGUGCAGCUCCGGCCGCCUGAGGCUCUGUCCAUUUCCAGUGCCCCUUUGGCACAAGUGGCCAGCUCAAGCUGGGACGCUGUCCCCAGUGAUUUUUAGGCAAGAUCAUGUGUUGGAAUCGCACCCCUCCAGACCCAUUAGCUCCCAUGACUGCCGGGUCACAGGGAGAGGGUAACAAGUGGAAGACCUUCUCCCUUCUGAGCACGCAGACCCCGCCCGCCCUCCCCAGGCGCUCACACAAGUGCACGUGCCGAUAACCACAGGGACUGCAGCUGUCCCGGGCCUGAGACGGGUCCAGACGGUGGUCCAGGUUCAUUCCAGCCUCCCCCUCCGUGUAUGGAGCCAUUCACCCGCCCGUCCCGGGAGAGAGCUGUGGCAGCAGGAAGGGAACGGUGCUGGGCUGCAGAGGCUCCUGCAGCUGCGCACGCCUCCGCAUCCCGGCGAUGGGUCCGUGUUCUUGUAUCGCGUUGCCAGGGAAGCUGUGGCGGGGUCAGGGUCGCCCUGCAGCAGGCAGGGACAAUGAGGACCACUAAUAAAGUGCCCGUUCAGCCGGA